CCGUUUCAAAAGUUGCACUGAAGCGAACGGUUUGAGCAGGUGCUGCUUGUUUCCCACUGAUAAAAGUUCUUCUCUCGUUGCUCUGAAAUGUCCCUGGUCUGUUUGUCAGACUUUGAAGCUUAUGCAAAGAAACAUCUUCCCAAGGUCAUCUGGGAGUAUUUGGCAGCUGGGGCAGAUGAAUCUUGUACUCGAGAUGACAACCUCUUGGCAUUUAAAAGAAUCCGUCUGCGACCCCGCAUGCUGCGCGACGUGUCUGUAGUAGACACCAAGACCACGAUCCUGGGCACGGAAAUCAGCUUUCCCGUGGGGAUUGCUCCCACAGGUUUGCACAAGCUGGCUUGCCCUGAUGGAGAGAAGAGCACAGCCAAAGCGGCAGAAGCCAUGAAUACCUGCUACAUUGCCAGCACGUACGCCACUUGCUCAGUGGAAGAAAUAGUUGCUGCAGCACCUGCCAGCUUUCGAUGGUUCCAGCUUUACAUUCAUCGGAAGAGGUCGGCCUCGGAGCAGCUGGUGAGACGGGCAGAAGCCUCGGGUUUCCAGGCUCUGGUGCUGACGGUGGAUGUUCCCUACACCGGUAAGAGGCGGGAUGACAUCCGCAACCAGUUCCAGCUGCCGCAGCACAUGUCCAUCAAGAACUUGGAAGGCUUCUUUGAGGAUCAUGACCGCUCAGAGUACGGCUUGCCUGCUAAUUCCGUGGAGCCCUCUCUUGGUUGGGAGGACAUCCGCUGGCUCCAGAGCUUGACCCGCCUGCCCAUCAUCCUCAAGGGGAUCCUGACUAAAGAAGACGCAGAUCUGGCCAUGAGAUACGGGGUCCAAGGGAUCAUCGUCUCCAACCACGGUGGGAGACAACUGGACGGAGUCCCAGCAAGUGUCGAUGCUUUGGUGGAAAUUAAGGAGGCAGUGCAAGACAAGCUUGAACUUUAUUUGGACGGAGGGGUACGGACCGGAAGUGAUGUGUUAAAAGCUCUGGCCCUCGGGGCCAAGUGCGUCUUCAUUGGAAGGCCAGCCUUAUGGGGGCUCUCCUAUAAGGGCACAGAGGGUCUUCAAGAAGUGCUGCAGAUUUUAAAAGAUGAAUUCCGUUUGUCCAUGGCUUUAACAGGAUGUCGCAACGUCUCUGAAAUCGGCCGGCACUUGGUUCAGCCCUCCAAACUGUAAUGGCUCUUUCUGACAUCACUCAGCGGAUGCACCAAAGGAAAAGAAGCAGCGGAUGGGCCGCUUGGCCAAGAACAUGCACGCCUCUCAGUCCCUGAAUGACUUCCUGUGUUACUAAGCUUGUGCAGCUGAGAAAGACUGUAGUUUACAAGUCCACUACUGACUUGUUUAAUUCUGCACUUGAUUGCUGCUGGAGGCUUGGCUUGAAUCGAAACCCCGGGUCUUGUGGAGUCUCGAUCCCACUAGCCAAUGAAAAUUUCUUCUUUGUUCUCUCUUUCCUGUCAUCCCAACUAACUCUAUGCUAGCCAAGAGCUCUGUGUUCACACAAUCCUUGAUGUAUCUGGAGAUUCCUGUCACCUUAAAGACAUGGUUAUAACUCGCCAA